GAGGUUGCUCUAUAAGCUGUAAUAUGUGAACUCUUAUUAGUCACGUUAGUUAAAGCAUCAGCUAGAAGACAAGUUUGUAUAUUUGCACUGUUUCCUGUCUAAAGUUCACAGAUAAGAAUAAUGGAGCCAGUGAUUCAGUCAGCAGGUCCAUUCAUCUGACUCCCAGCACUAAUAUCAGAGGAAGUUAACACCCGCAGGAGGAGCUGAGGAUGUUUAAAGGAAGAGAUGUAAAUAUAGAAUGAAAAGAAAGACGGACAGAAACAGAAAAUGUCUGAUAAGUGUGACAUGUGUCUGCUGGGAUUGAUCACUCUCUCUGCACUUCUCACAGGUAGCAGUGGAGUGGAUGAGACUCAUGUGUUCUGCAGUUCUGGUGAAAAUGUCCGUCUGUCCUGUAAUAAUGCUCUUCCUGGCUGCACAUCAACUACAUGGCUCUAUAGCAGACAUUCAGAGGCAGUUGAACUGAUUGCUGGAGGAAUAAAGAGGAAAGACACAGAGAUACAUGAGAGACUGAGUCUGGGCUCUGACUGCUCUCUGAACAUCAAGAACGUCACAAAAGAAGAUCGUGGAUCUUACUCCUGCCGACAAUAUGUGAAUGGAGUACAACAAGGAACUGAUGCACAAGUUUAUCUGCAUGUUCUUCAUGUCUCUUCAUCAUCCUCACAGUCUGAGAUCAGAUCAGGCCGCUCUGUGACUCUCUCCUGUCAGUUAUAUUAUGAUCGAGUCUCUUGUGAUUCUUUGGUUGGUUCUGAGAGGAUUGAUCUGAUCUGGGUGAAUCAGGCUGGUGUGAAUCUGCAGACAGACUCCAGAUUUCAGAUAUUCUCCUCAGAACAGUGUCUCAUCUCUCUGACUACAACACUCCUGAAUGAAGAUCACAACAGAGAGUGGAGAUGUCAGGUUACACAGAGAAACCAGCUGAAGACCUCAGCCACAUAUACUGUCAAGUAUUCAGCUCCGACCGAAACAAAGACACCGUCUCCAGUCACCAGCUCUACAUCAGCUGCAGCUCCUACACAACCAGGUGUAAAGGAUUCAACACUGAUUCCAGUCAGCAGCUCAAACUCUGAGAAAUCAAGCCAAACUACAGCAGCUCCUACAACACGAGAUACCACACCAAACUCCCCAAAACAAGUGAUUGGGAUUGUUGUUGCCGCUGCAUCAGCUGUUCUUCUUGCUGUUGUUCUCUGGGUAAUUUGUAGAAAAAGAGCCGAUAACAGAAGAGGGACUAAUGACUCUGUGGAGCAUAAAGAUGACGUGACUUAUACUGAGGUUGCCACACACUGUACAAUCCAAGCCAGAAAGAAGGAGGUUUAUGAUGAUGAUAAAGUGACUUAUUCUUCCAUCAGAGGAGCAACAGCUGGACCUCAGGAUGACUGCAGGCAACUUUAUGCCUCUGUGAACAAGAACCAUCACAAAUAAGUCAAACAGUCUUUAAUUAUACAAUUAUAGUAUCAUGUGUAGAGGAAUAUAUAUAUAACUGAUUCCGUAAGAUUUCCAUUCAGUGCCAUUGUAAAUAAUGUCUUCUUUCAAAUUCUGUCAUAAUUUACUCACCCUCACACAUCCUUGUACGCCUUGCAAUGAUUACAUAUUAGGUCAGUAGGCGGAGAGUAGGUGGUCUUUUGUGGCUGCUCGAACGCAUUCAACAACAUCAGCAUCUAAACUACGAGCGCAAUCCAGUCGAAUGCGUUUUUGACUACCUCUGGAAGUGGUCGAAAGUGAACAAGCUCAAAACGUUGCACACCCCGUUCACACUUGUAUUUAGCGUUACCCACUUGUGAUCCGAUCGACCAAACGCAUCUUAAUACCAGUGUAAACAGGCCUCGGUUGUGUUCUGAAGAUGAAUGAAAGUUAUACAGAUUUGUAACGACAUGAGGGUGAGGGAAGGGAAGGAUGACAGAACCGUUAUUUUUAGGUGAACUGUCCUUUUACCUGUGAUUACCAGAUUUCAGUUUGGGAUUUCAUAAUAACUGUCUGUUUUUCAAUAAACUAGCCUCUUUAUAUUAAUUCAGGAUGAUGCAUGGAUCUGUGUGCUUGCACAAAGUCUAGUCUAAAUGAAGGACGGUUUCUCUCUUAGAUCAUGCUCAUUAAAUAAUCCAGUUUCUUGAGUCUUUACUGCAGACUAAUUAACUUACAGUUUGUGCUAAUUAAGAAAAUAGGAAAAGACACUUGAUGUAAAUGUUUAUAACAAUAUGUAAGAAAUAAUAAUUUGAUGUUUGAACCACUUGAGCAAUUGCUUUCACUAAAGCUUGUUACAUUUUAUUUAAUUUGUCAAAUAUAAAUGUAUGACAUGUCAUACGUACAGUCAUGACCAAAAAUAUUGACACCUUUGGUAAAUAUGAUCAAAGAAGGCAGUGAAAAUUAAUCUGCAUUGUUAAUCCUUCUGAUCUUUUAUUUUAAAAAUUCACAAAAAUCUGACCUUUCAUUGGAUGAUAAGAAUUUAAAAUUUGGGGAAAUAUCAUUAUGAAAUAAAUGUUUUUCUCUAAUACACAUUGGCCAAAAUUAACGGCACCCUUUUAUUCAAUACUUUUUGAAACCUUUAUUUGCCAGUUUAACAGCUCUGUUGGUAUUUGAUAGAAUCCAUGAUGCCAUGCGUCUAAACAAGAUGUCCAGGACCUCCAGCAGAAAUAUAGGCCCACAACAUCAAAGAUACAGCAGUAUAUUUCAUUGUACACAUGGGGUACUUUUUAUCCCUGUGUUCACCAAACCCAUCUUGAGUGUUUGCUGCUUAAAAGCUCAUUUUUUAGUUUCAUCUGACCAUAGAAGCCAGUGCCAUUUGAAGUUCCAGUCGUGUCUGAAAACUGAAAAUGCUGGAGUUUGUAUUUGGAUGAGCGAGGAUAAUUUUUCUUGAAACCCUCCCGAACAACACGUGCUGAUGUAGGUGCUGUUUGACAAUUUUUUUUUAAAGGUUUUUUGACCCCGAGACUCAACUAUUUUCUGCAAUUCUCCAGCUGUGGUCCUUGGAGAGUCUUUAGCCACUCAAACUCUCCUUCUCGCCGUGCAUUAGGACGAUAUAGACACACAGGUGCUCUUCCAGGCAGUUUCCUAACAUUUUAUGUUGAUUGGAAUUCUUAAUUAUUGUCCUGAUGGUGGAAAUGGGAAUUUUCACUGCUCUAGCUCUUUUCUUAAAGCCACUUCACUAAUUUGUGAAGCUCAAUUAUCUUUUGCUGCACAUCAAAAAUAUAUUCUUUGGUUUUUCUCAUUGUGAUGGAUGAUUAAGGGAAUUUGGGCUUUGUUUUCCGUCCUAUUUAUAUUUCUGUGAAACAGGAAGCCAUGGCUGGAUAAUUUCAUGUUCAUAAUCACCCUGGAGUGCUCAAAAUUGUGAAUAUGAAUGGGAAUAUACUUCAGAGAUUUUACUCAUAAGAAUUUCUAGGGGUCCCAAUAAUUGUGUCCAACGUGUAUUUGAGAAAAACAUUUAUUUCAUAAUGAUAUUUCCCCCAUUUUAAAUUCUUAUUAUCCAAUGAAAGGUUAGAUUUUUGUGAUUUAUUUAUUUUUUUAAUAAAAUAUCAAAAGGAUUAUCAAUG